CUGCUCACUUCUGUCCAGUCGCCUCGAGACGGUCGCGCUAUGGGCCCUGGGUAACCGUGACGCACAGAAUGGCGGCGUGAGGAUAGUUUUGAACACUAGAGCUGUUUACGUUGCCGAAAAUUGCUCUUGUGAGUGACCUAGGAAUCAUUCCAGAUGGAUCGAAACCUCAAUUUGUAUACAUAAGAACCCAGAUGGGUUACAGGUAGCCCAAGGUACACUUUGCGCGACCCAAAUCUCGCCAGGACGAUGGAUCUCUCAGGUGGGUUGGAGCAGGUCGAAGACGACUUGCAGGAACUUAGUUUGGAGAGGACAAUCACCAAGAGCUUAAAGACCCAAGAAGAGAUCGAUCGUUUGACUGUUGAUGAGAAGCUAGGUGACCUUGAACGUGCUGUUUACCUGCUCAGCUCUGGGCAGGAGGUCCAGCGCAUCAGUGUUGUGAACAGUCUCCCCCAGCUGAUACAGGACAAUGCACCUGAGGCCAUGCGCAGGGUGGUUCCCAAAGUCAGGGAAAUGCUACACGUGGCCGGAGCGGACGUCCAGCUGGCUGCUACCAUCUCCUUCCUGUCCAUCCUGGAGCGAGAGGUCAUCCCCAUCUCCACCUACUCCUCCACCUUCCUCCAGACCAUCAUCAUGAGCCUGGAGGUCAAGGACCCAGUGGUGUCCAAUGCCUGGUUAGAGACAUUACUGUCUGUGUGUGGCUGUCUCCCAAAAGAUGUCAUCAAAAGAGAGAUUUUAGGUAUUGCAGUUGCCAAAGGCCAGUUGUCCCAGUCUGUGCAGUCCAGACUGGCCAGCUGUAAGAUUCUGGGCAGGGUAGCAACCAAGUUUGAACCAUACAUAAUCAAGAAAGAGAUUCUUCCAUUGGUCACAGCUCUUUGUCAAGAUAUAGACUAUGAGGUGCGGGGGUGCAUGUGUCGACUGUUGGACAGUGUAGCAAGAGCAUUAGGGUUGGAAAAUACCAAGAGUGCAAUAUUACCAGAGUUAGUGGAGCUGGCCAAUGAUGAGGAAUGUUUUGUACGACAUGCAGCGUUGGAUGCUGUAGUCAAUCUUCUCAAUCUCCUGGACGAUGACACAUGUACCCAGACCAUCGUGCCAUUGGUGUGUAAGUUCUGUGAGCGUUCCAUGGAGGCAGAUGACACGACCCUCCCCCAUGUGGCGGAACAGUUCGGCCGCUUGUGCCAUGGCCUCUCAGUUAACGUGGAUGAACAGCAGCGGGCGUGGUUGUUGGAGUUCUACACACAGCUGUGUAUCCAGGGGAGGAUGAGAGAUGCCCAGUCCCCCCCUCCCCCUCCCCGCACCCCCUCCAGUAUCUGUGAUGAGGACAGGUGUGCAGACUGUCGCAGGAACGCUGCUUACAACUUCCCUGCUAUGGUUUUAUUUGCUGGGCCCAAGAACUUCAAGCAUGAGCUGUACAACUGUUUUGUCAGUCUGUGUGAAGAUCCACACUACAUAGUUAGACGAACCAUUGCUUGUGGAUUUCAUGAGGUGGCCAAGUUACUAGGUUCCCAUGUCCAAUUAAUCCAGCAGGAGUUGGUCACAUUACUCAAUGAUAAUUAUGUACAGGUCUUAGAAGGGAUAGUUCCACAUCUUCCGGAGACUUUAGAGAGCUUAGUAAAAGGUGUUGGAGGUGGGCUGUCAGAAGCCAGGACAAUGCUGUACUCCACCAACCGGCACCAGAUCAGUAACCAUGCAGACCUGGUGCAGGCGUUGUUGACAUGUGAGUACCUGGUGGCAGCCUGUAGUCAGUGGAGACUACACCUGACCAUGAUGCAGCGCCUGGCCUGUGUCGUCCGAGUCUUCACCAGUGACCAGAUCUACAGCAAGUUUGUGCCAGUCCUGUUCCAGAGACUAACCCUCGCAAGAGUACUUCCAGUGAAGCAGGCUGCCGGACGGACGUUAUGUGUGAUCAUCAGACACAACCGCAGACAGGAGCACAGACAGGAGCUCAUCUGUCGACUUAUAGAAGCCCUGUGUCACGCCAACAAGUACCAGCUCAGGAUGCUGUUUGUGGAUGUGUGCUGUGAUGUUAUGGAACUCUUCUCAAGAAGAUUCUUUAAAGAGUACUUCUUUGAGUUUGUACUGAACCUUGCCCAUGACCCUGUGGCAAAUGUCAGGUUGAAGCUGUGUUCACUGCUGCCUCGGCUGAAGACACAGAUCAAGUUACCCGGGGACAGACAGCUCCUGCAGCAGUUGGAACACUGUGUGCGGAGACUGCUGUCCCACGAGAGGGACAGAGACGUUGCUGCUGCUAUUAGGAAGUCUGUCUUUGAGCUGGACAAGAUUCAAGUUGCCAUGGAAACUUUAACACAGAGGAUGUUUAUGGAGGAAGACUUGAUGGACCAGAAAAAGGAGGAAGAGGAGAAAAUGUUGUUAGAGCUGGAGGAAAGGGAGAAGAAAGAGCAUGAGCAAACGAAGGGCAAAUACACAGAGAAGGGGAAAGGCAAGGGGUCCAAGGGUCAAGGCAGGAGAGGUGGGGACAAAUCCAAAGAAGCAAAGGCUGCAGCUGCAAAAGAUGCAUCCCCAACCAUGCCACGUAGCAACAGCCUUUCACAUGUCUCCUCAAGUAAUAACCUGUCUCCAGGCCAGAGAGGAGCCCACAAUAGAGGUCAUCGAACGUCAGUAAGCAAGACCAACUCCAGUGAGAUGCCAUCUGCCUCCCCCAAGCUUAGUAAACACUCCUUACACUCUGGCUCCAGUGAAAACAUGACCAGCCCAGGACUAACCAGGAUAGUUUCACCACACAGGAUAGUUCCAUCUGUCCACGACAAAAAGAACAGAAAAUACUCCCUGGGAAGCAAGGAAGACCGAAUAAAAAGGACCUCUAGCAACAGUCCUGUAGCAGGAGUUUCAACUUCUCAUAGCAAGAAAUCGUCACUCAAAAAGAGUAGCCACAGCCUGACUAACCUGGCAGCCAACUCUUCUGGCCAUGGGUCACCCAAGGGUGGCUCAACCCCAACUCACACAAGGAAGAAAUCCCAAGCCAGAUAGGACCAUGAUGCAGUGAUGGGAGUUCCUGUGUUGUGUUGUGUACAUACUCUGUACUUCUAUGAGGACAUGCUAAAUGUGCAGUACUUUACAGCAGGACAGAUAACAUCUUACAGCAUACUGAAAAAUCAAGCUGCAACAAGUUUGAUUUUGAAAUGCAAAUGUUGCAUAUUGAGUUUUUAGGAAUGAAUGUGAUCAACAGCUUUCCUCUGACUAAAAAAGUAUAUUAUCAUGUCAUAGACAAAAGACUUGAACAUUAGAUCAUCUUCUAUAAAAUACAUGUAAAAUUAGGUCUGAAGAAGGCUGUUAAUCACACGUGGUGAUUUGAUUGUCUAAAAGAUUUUCUCAUGAUUAAGACACUUGGUUGAGAUUUUACACUUCACACUGUGUCCUCAUCUGUAAAUUAAGUACAUUGCUAUAGAAAAGUGUGUUCAAAGUGCUUGUGUUUCAGAUGUUGCUUUUAGGUCAAGUUAAUGCUUGAAACAUCUUUUAAUGUUCUGCCAAGACUUAGAUUCCCCUCCAUCUUGUUGAAACUCAGUUGGACCAUGCAGUAUUGCUAAGAUUACCAUCACUUUGUUACUUGCCAAAUGUCUAACUUACUUCUUGGUUUCAAUAUGUACAUAAAGUGAUAAAAAUUCCCUCCAAUAUUAAAAAUUGAAGCCAUUAUCAUAAUGUUUCACACCUGCCACAUCUGCCAUAGACUGCUGGUGCCACAGAAAGAAAAACUAUUAAUAACAUUAUUUACAAUGUCUGGGAGAGUUCCAAAUUCACACUGGUACUGGUACACUUCUCAAUUAACUGAAGAUUGUGAUGAUAUUGCUACGAUUGUGUGACAUCUCUAGGGUACUGCAUGGUUCAAGUGUUGUUGUUUUUAUUUCAAAGAGAUGGAGUCAGAUUGGCGCUGUUGUACUUCUCUGUAGGUUGUCAGCAUUUUUAAUAAGACUUACUCACAUGGAUAAAGCCACUUCUCACAAAGGUUUACCUCACAAACAACAUGAGAUUUAAGAGUAACAUACCAGCCUGUUAGUAAAGCUCUUAAUCAACAACAGGAGAUGCCAUCAGCUGUUAAACAUAAUGAUAUGAUCAGUAUGUAUAAAGUUGCAAGAAAGGUUAAAAUUGGCUUUGGAAGCCAGAAUUUUCGUAUCAAUGCUGAAACAUCGAAAGUGUAUUUUUCAUUUUGACAAGCCUUUUUUUCUGUCAGAUACUUAUUUUUAAAAGCAAUUUUGGUCUAAAAAAAUGUAAUAAUUCUUGAAAUUAACAAAUGUAAAGCUACAUGUAGUAGUAAACAGUCAGAGCUUCGUCAAGGAGUGGACUAGUUAGUAUAUUGCCACAACUUAUUUUUAUCUAAAUGGUAUCUUAAUGGUGGCCACAGAAUGGUGAUAAUUUUUCGAUGAUAAUGACUUCUCCAAAGCUGAGAUUCAAUAUUCAAUGUUACUUGAGGAGAGAUUGCCACAGCUGGAAAGAGAAUUCUAGUCUAGAGAAAUGUUGUAUGAUAAUGUUUGUUUGCAAAUGGUUUCUAGUUCCCUCAUUGUGAUGGGAUAGUCAUGUGUUGUUGUACAUGUAUGUACAUUUUUUGUAGAAAGGUGAUUACUUAACUGCAAAGUGUUUGUCUCUAACAAGGUAGAUUGCAGUCAUUGUACUUUAGUGCCAAUGAUAACCAGCCACUGUACAAGUUGAAACUGCCCUUCUUGCUGCCAUAGAAAACAUGUUAGGUGAUACACAUUGUAUGUACAUUUAUAUACAUUAUCGCUUGAAGAUGGUACACAUAGUUGGUGUAGCUGCCUGGUGAGCACUUGCCCAUAGGUUUUUCUUUUUGGUAAGUAAGUGCAAUAUAGAUGGAUGGUUUGCCAUUUGGACUAGCAGCCACCUGUUACAAGCUGAAUGAACUCCCUCCAUCUGCAGUUUAACCCAAUGGGAAGAAAUUGAGGUUGAUUGGUUUUGAGAUAGUUUGCCCCCCUUUUACAAUGUUUUUUGUCUACUAAAACAUCCACACUUCACUGGAGUAACAUGUCUAAUACCGAGAAUUGCAAUCGUGCAAUUGAUACCUGUUGAGGGGGCAUGUGUGCAACCAGUGUGGAAUGAACCAUCUUUGAUAAUAUGGUUCUCCGGUUACCAUCCAAGUUGUGUAGGGACACACAGUCAUGUAUUGGGCAAUCCUGUGGAGGAAGCUUAAAAUAUGCCUGGGCUGAUAUAGGUUAGAUGUUUGUCAUGUACAGAUGAAAAGAAAGAAAAAUUUAACUUGAUGCUGCAAAACAAAAAUAGAGUGAAAAAGCAUGUGUAUAUCUUUUCCAUUGCUGCCACUGGGGUGUAGACAGAUUGUAUGUAUUGAUGCUGCAUGAAUCGUUACUGCUUUGCACAGAUGUUAGUUAUGGGUUUUGUAAUAAAGCAAAGAUAUAGACUAA